UAGGGGAGAAGUACGAAAGCGGUUGAAUGCGAGCAAGGAUUCAUAGUUUUUGGCGGUUUUGGUCGGAGAAAUUGGGCGUCCAUCGUCUCUUUAAUAGUCGUCAUUUCCGAAGCCCAUCGAACUCCAUUCUCUGUUUAAAUUCGCUCUUUCUCUUUCAUUAAAUCCUCGAUGCAUUUAUCGGGUCGGAUCCAAAAAUGGGUUUUGUGGGCACCCUGUUGGCCGUCAUUGGAUUCGUGUUCGGUCUUCCCUUCGGACUCUUGAUCGGAUAUUUCUUCUUCAUCUACUCUGAACCCAAAGAAGAUGCUCAGGACCCAAUAUUAAGACCCUUGCAUGAGUUUGAUUCAAAGACUUUGCAGACACUCUUGCCUGAGAUUCCUUCAUGGGUAAAAAGUCCUGACUCUGAGAGGGUUGACUGGAUGAAUAAAUUUGUUUAUGAUAUGUGGCCAUACUUGGAUAAGGCAGUAUGCAACACCAUACAAAGCUUGGCGAAGCCAUUUGAUCAGUUAACACUUGGUAGUCUUCCACCUAUAAUUCAUGGCGUUAAAGUCAUUGAAGUUCAAGAGAAAGCAUUAGUUAUUGAGCCUGGGAUCCGAUGGGCUGGUAAUUGCAACAUAACCUUGACUCUGAAGUUGUUGUCAUUUAAAAUAACUGUACAGUUGUUGGAUCUACAAGUAUCUUUGGCACCACGUGUUACUCUAAAGCCACUAGUUCCAAGCUUUCCAUGUUUUGCAAACUUGACGGUUUGCUUAAUGGAAAAGCCACAAGUUGACUUUGGACUUAAAUUACUUGGUGGAGAUCUCAUGGCUAUUCCUAUCCUAUAUCGGUUUGUUCAGGACAUGGUUGCUGUGCAAAUUUCAAAUCUUUAUCAUUGGCCGAAUAUUCUGGAAAUACCGGUCCUAGAUAAUGCUAGUGAAGCCACAAAAAGACCUGUUGGCAUAUUACAUGUAAAGGUUGUGCGUGCAUUUAACCUCCUGAAAAUGGAUUUUCUUGGUAAAUCUGAUCCAUAUGUUAAACUCAGUUUGAGCGAAGAAGGACUUCCUUCAAAGAAAACUUCAAUUAAAAUGAGCAAUUUGAAUCCUGAAUGGAAUGAGAACUUCAAGCUCAUUGUGAAGGAUCCAGCAACUCAAGUCCUUCAGCUGCAUGUCUUUGACUGGGAAAAGGUAAAAAUGCAUGAUAAGUUGGGAAUGCAAGUGGUUCCACUUAGUUUGCUCACUCCUUAUGAGACGAAGGAGUUCACCCUUGAUCUUCUUAAGAACUUGAAUCUUCCACUUAGUUUGCUCACUCCUUAUGAGACGAAGGAGUUCACCCUUGAUCUUCUUAAGAACUUGAAUCCUAACGAUCCUCAAAAUAAAAAGAACAGGGGUAAGAUUGUGGUGGAGUUGACAUUUGAUCCUUUUAAGGAAGAAAGUGGCAAGUUCAGUGGAAUUUUAGAUGGAGACGGUCACAGCAGCAUUAGGCUGCCUGAAGAAACUUCAUCAAGUGGUGGUGGUGUUCUUUCUUUAACAAUUGAAAGUGCCGAAGAUGUUGAAGGAAACCAUCACAGCAAUCCCUAUGCAGUUGUCCUCUUCAGAGGAGAGCGUAAGCAAACUAAGUUGAUCAAGAAAACCAGAGAUCCGAGAUGGAAUGAAGAGUUUCAGUUUGUGUUGGAGGAGGCCCCAAUAAACGAGAAGAUUCACAUUCAAGUGAUGAGCAAGAGAAAGGGUUUCAACUUCUAUCCAAAGGAAUCAUUAGGGCUUGUGGAUAUCAAUCUCACUGAUGUUGUAAAUAAUGGACGGAUCAAUGAGACGUACCAUCUUAUUAACUCAAAGAAUGGAGUGAUACACGCCGAUAUCAGAUGGAGCACAGUUUGAAAGUCUGGCACAGCGUGUUGUAUUGAAUUCCAUGUAGAUAAUUCUGUCCUUGAUGAACAAGUAAUUAUUUUCAUGAAAGGCUAGGGAGCUAAAACAUAAUAGAAACCUUUUCCUGUACAAAGCAAAUAUUGUGUAGAAUGAAUUAUGUGAUGCACCAGCAAAUACUUCAUCAUUCACCAUAUUGCUAUGAAGAGAGAGCAUAUUGCUCCUCGUACAAGUAUUUUUAUGGUUA